AUGGAGGUCAAGAUAGACCAGCAUUUCAACGCAAAAGUCUAUACUUCUGGAUCUACCAUUGCUGGUCAUGUUGCAGUCCGCGUCUUGAAAGACACUGCUUUCCACAAUCUGGACAUUGUCUUUGUUGGCAUUUCUGCGACGCGACUUGAUUUUGUUCAGCAGUAUCCCUCACACUCUUUCAGACCAUUUUUGAAGAUUCGUAUGCCACUUCAAGAGUCGGAUUUGCCUGUGGAUCGGAUAUUCCGAGCCGGAAACGAUUACAAGAUUCCAUUCCACUUUGUUGUUCCUCAUCAGCUCACCAUCGGAGCCUGCAAUCAUGCUUGCUUAUCACAAGACGUCCGGGAGCGACACUUGCGGCUUCCCCCCAGUUUAGGAGCUUGGGAGGCCGAUGAUCAAGCUCCAGACAUGACUCAGAUUGAAUACGCAAUAAAUGCGAAGGCUAUUCACCUGGGAAAUGGAAUCGCUACAAAAGUCAUGGAAGCGCAUCAUAUCCUCAAGGUUCUUCCUUCGCUCCCCGAAGAUGCGCCACUUGAUAUCACUUUUCUCGAUGAAUGGUAUAAGCUGUCCAAAACCAAGACCAUUCGGAAAAGCCUGUUCUCGAGCAAGACGGGCCAAUUUACCGCCAGUGCAAUUCAGCCCAACGCCGUGAUCCUUUCUGCAGAUGGACACAAAUCUUCCAUGACAAGCGUCCGUAUCAACUUGGAAUACGCCCCCUCUUCGGCUGAGACGGCCCCUCCCAAGAUUAACUCAGUUACUGGCAAGCUCGUUUCUACCACCUUUUUCAGCGCCGUACCUGUGGACCAUCUGCCAAACUUGGGCAGUCGGACGAACUGCGAGAGCACCCCUUGCUUGAAUUAUACGACGACACACUCACUAUUUACUCUUCCGGUGGAAUCAGUGUCAUGGAUGCAGCAAGAUGCAUCGUCACGGUUGCGACGAGAUUCAGGCUAUUCAAGCACUGUGGUGGAUGGUGAUGCUUCCGACACAGAUGCUUCCGAGAGAAGAAGGCGGCAAAAUAGCAAAGAAAAGAGCUCCAAAAAGCCCAAACUCUCGACCGUCAGGCACACAACGGAUAUUGAGAUUCCGUUUACCGUAUCCAACUCGAACAGAAAACUUUUUCUGCCGAGCUUUCACUCAUGCUUGAUUUCUCGAUCUUAUACACUGCAGUUGAUUCUGUGUGUGGGACCGACGAAAACCGCCAUUUCGCUUGCAGUACCUCUACAGAUUGGCGUCGAGACAAUCUACGAACCCCAGGGUCACGAACUUCCUAGCUUCGAAAGUGCCGUGGCACAGGCUGAAGAAGAAGAAGCAGAUGCAUACUUGCAGCCCCGCGUGAUGCAUGUUCCGGAAUCGGGGCUGCAGAAUGAUAAUGUGUUGCCAGGAUAUAAUGAACUGCGCAGGAGAACCAUUGGCGUUGCCUAUGGGAACGCUAUGAGAGCAUAA